GACUCCGGGCAGAGGCACAUCGGGCUGGACUCCGGGCAGAGGCACAUCGGGCUGGACUCCGGGCAGAGGCACAUCGGGCUGGACUCCGGGCAGAGGCACAUCGGGCUGGACUCCGGGCAGAGGCACAUCGGAUCACCAGGCGAAGCAGCAGGCACCGGGCCACCAGGCGAAGCAGCAGGCACCGGGCCACCAUGCGGAGCGGCGGGCACCGGGCCACCAGGCGGAGCGGCGGGCACUGGGCCACCAGGCGGAGCGGCGGAGCGACAGGUCUCGGGCCCCCAGGCGGAGCGGCGGGCGCCGGACCCCCAGGCGGAGCGACAGGUCUUGGGCCCCCCAGGCGGAGCGGCGGGCGCCGGACCCCCAGGCGGAGCGACAGGCACCGAGUCACCAGGCACGACAGUGGGCUCC